GGUGGUGAAUUAGCAAGAUCAUUAAAGUUAUUCAAAAAAGGUUAUGUAUUAUCUGAAAAUGGAUUAAAUUCAUUAAAGGUUUAUGGAGCAAAUACUUUUGGAUUAAAUAAAUUAUCUAUUACCAAAAGAUUAGAAUGGGUUGAUCAACAUUUUUCAGAAAUCUUAGAUUUAAAUUCAGGAUUAUCGAGAAAAGCUGAUGAACCUAUGUUGUUUUUAGCUUUUUGUUUUGAGUUACAAGGUUAUAAUAAGGAUCUAUUAAACUUUAUUUCUAGAUUACCAAUUUAUUUAGAUGCAACAUAUAAUGGUGUACAACAUUUAGCUGCAAUGAUUUCUGAUUUUGAUCUAGCUAGUAAAGUUAAU